UGUGUGUGGCGCUUUCCUUUUCCUUCUGAUCGCGAUCGCCGCUGUAUCCCUGCCGCUACCUCUCUUGUGUUCUGUUUAUUGGCGCCGCCUUGAGUGUGCCCUGCCCAACGAACCAUUGGCUCCCCCCUCUCUCCCGUGACUGCCUUUCAAGUGCAAGCGUCGUUUGCGUUUGCGUUUGCGUGUGUGUGUUGAUUCGGUUUGUCAAUUCCUUUCCAUUUUGCGUGCGACAAAGCCCCCCCCCCCGCUUGACUUUACACCAGCGCACGUCAUCGACAACAGCCGCCACUCUUGUUUGUUGUUGCGUGUUUUGUUUUGGUUUUGUGCUCUGACGCGUGGUUCGCUUCAAGCUAGAAGUGCAGCAAGCUCUGUGUUGUUCGCACAACCUUGACGACUGCUUGGUUCGUUGGUUCCUCAGUGACUUGCUUGGUUUUCUUCAAACGUUGCUGACUCGGGUCAAAUCAUCUGAAUGGUCGAGCACUCCCAACUGCGCCCACGCCGUACACCAUGCCUUCAUCUGACGAUGACGACGCAAGUCAACAAGGGGAAUCUACCAUCGAGCCUCUCAAUACACGGGAGGCGCGCCGGCCACUUCACCACAUCGCUCGUGGACCAGUGGCUCGAGCAGCGCCUCUUCCUCCCUUAAGCAUCCAUCGUCGCCAGUCAAUUGCUUCCUCCCGCGCAGACUCGGCCACCGCCGACCACACGCCGCCGCCUUCGUCAACCUCGUCCACCCCUCUUCUCGCCGCCUCACCCUCAUCCUCGCGUUCCUCCUCAGCCGACUCAUCGGCGCUCUCCUCGUCCUCCUCGUUGUGCUCGCCUUCCUCGAACGCGUCUCCCCUGCCAAACGCGUUUCCGCCGCAUGCGCUCGCGCCGGCACUGGGCGAGCGGCAACGCGCAAGGUCCCACUCUCUCGAUGCGGCGUGGCCGGCGCCCAAUCACGCCAAGGACCCUGAUGGCGGCGGCAACAGCAUGAUUGGCGCCGCCCUCGCUACACCGCCACGCACUGCCUGCAGCCCAUCGUCAAAGAUGCUCACGGCGAAGAUGGUCACCAAGGAGAUUGCGUAUCUUGACGGCGCCGAGGAUGGGUUUGGCCGCCGCCGCGGUGGCCGUACACGACGACCCAACAGGCGCAAAAUCAUCAUCAAGGAGCUCAAGAGCAUCGGCCGCCUCGCUAGCAUGACAUCCCUGACCACCCUCUUCAGUCUCGCUAUCCUGGCCACCAACACGGCGUUUCUUGGCCAUCUUGGAACGAACCAGCUUGCCGGCAGCUCCCUCGCACAGGCCUUCAUGAUUCUUGCGACGCUGUUCAUGUAUGGCAUGGCGAGCACCAUCAACACGCUCGCAUCGCAGGCCCACGGCGCCGGCAACAACUUGCUCGUCGGCACCUGGUUCCAGGUGUCCCUGGUUGGCACCACGGUUCUCUCUAUUCCCGUCAUCCUCAUCUUCUGGUUUGCGGGACAGCUUGUGGGCCUGGUUGAGGAAAACGAAGACGUCAUUCGCUUUGCCACGCUCUUUGCAAGGUGGUCUGCGCUGACGGUUUGGCCAAACGGCGUCUACGCGGCCGCGUGCCAAUACUACCAGGUUCAAGACAUUGUGGUUCCGGCCGCUGUUGUCAAUUUCUUCGCCAUCUUCGUCAACCUUGGAUUCAACCAGCUGCUCAUUCACGGCGCAUUUGGCUGGAGCGGCCUCGGGUUCGUUGGCAGUCCUCUGGCAUCCACUGCCACAUCCAUCUUCCAGCUCUUCACCCUCUUCGCGUACACGAUGUGGUAUCGGAAGUUGCAUGUGCCGACGUGGCCUGGCUGGCACUUCAAGGAGGUCACAACGUCCCGCGUCAUCGCUUUCAUGAAGCUCUCGCUCCCAAGCGGCCUCGCACUUGUCUUUGAUGAAAGCGUCUUCCAGGCGCUGGUGCUGAUGGCUGGACGCCUCUCCGAGACAGACGUCGCUGCUCUUGGCAUUGUAUUCAACCUGUUUUCGUUUGUGUGGGGCUUGUGGUGGGGCAUUGGCCUCGCCACACAGGUUCGCGUCGGCUUCAACCUCGGCGCUGGCAAACCAUUCAGGGCAAAACUCUCCUUCCUCCUCGGGUCAAUCCUGACCCUUGUACUGAACAUUUUCGUUUUCAUCGCCUGCAUUGGCCUUCGCGGCUACUUGGCGGUUCCUUUCUCAAACUCGAAGCAAGUGCAGGAUGCGACGGGCGAUCUUGCAGAGGUGAUGGCGCUCUGCUUCACCGCGUACUGUUUCGCAGGCAGCGUCCUCUCAACCCUCGAAGGCAUGGGCCGCAUCCUGGUGAUGGCGGGCUUCCAGCUGGCAUUUGCGUAUGCGCUCUCGCUGCCGCUUGCAUAUGUCCUCUGCUUCAAGCUCGGGUUUGGAGCGCCAGGCCUUCUCCUCGGCACUGGCAUCGGCGACUCGUUGAAGUUUGUGUGCUCGUUUGUGUUCUUCGUGCUGUCGACCAAUUGGCGACAAGAGGUGUCAGAUGCCAUUGGCCGCUCAGAGUGCGACGACGACGACGACGACGACGACGACGACGACGAUGAUGAUGAUGGUAGUGACGUGUUGGACGGGCCGUUGAUCGUGAACCACGAUAGCGGUGCUGGUGAUGAGAUCUCCACGGAUGGCAGUGACGACACGGCCGACAUCAGCUGCCCGUCCACAUACCACUCCCUCACCAACUCCGCCACCACCACCAGCGCUACCACCACCACGGCCGCACCCCGAGCAACCCACCGCGAGCUUGCUGGUCCACCACACCGCCGCAACCGCCAGCAGCAGCAGCAGCAGCAGCAGCGUGUGUGGACGGAUCCGUUUGGCGCUACAUGGCGUCGGCGUCAGCGUGAUGGCCGCGCUGAUGGAGAAAUGUCGGCAUCACGGCUCCUGGACGAACGCACGCCCCUCAUCAACUGAUGCCCACCACUGGAGGCACAUACAGUUACUUCCUUGCUUGUUCUGCGUUCGUUUGACUGUCUGCCCUGUUUGUUUGUUUGUUCGUUUGGUUGGUUGUUUGUUCGUGUGUGUGUGUGUGUGUGUGUUUGUUUGUUUGUUUGUUUGUUCUCUGUUUGACUGUCCAUCUUUCUGUCUUUCUGUCUCUUUGUUAUUCUGUUUCUUCUGUUUGUGUGGUCGAAGUUUACUGCGCGUGCCUCGCCCCACCCCUCCCUCGUUUCAGGGUCGUUGUUCAUGCAGCUUUAGCACGUUGUUGCUGCUGCUUUGUUCUCGUUUUGGUUUACUGAUGGGCAAGAGCCACCACACAAUUCACACGACACACGUG